UGUAACGCUGUGAACUUGGGCUAGCCGCUUACCAAUGGUGGUGUUAGGUUUAUCCAUUGUGGAUACACUUUAUGGGAUACUUUGUCGGACGUGGGUUUAUGGAUAUCUAGGAAUCAACGACACAAAGAUUGUCAAAGGUGUUUUGCUGACGAUAACUCAUCAAAAAGGCAUCCACUAAGUCAUCGUAUGACAGCUUCAGAUUAUUUCAUUGUUGCCGCACACAAAAAAUAAAAAAUCAGCUUUCACCCAGGCUCCACAAGUCUACAAGCAACAGAUGUCCUCUGUUUACAUUGUGGAUUAUCAAAAUUUUGGAUUAAGUUUUAAGAAAGGAGAAAGUAAAUCAGUGAUGUUCUUAAAGUAUUGAUCAUGUUGGAAAACUAGCAGUCUGUUUGAUCCAUGCUUGAUCAGUUUAGCUAUAGGGCUGUUAAAUAGUGCUGAUAACAAUAAGAGAGGAAAAUAUAUUAUCACAAAGCUCUAAACUUUGUAACAUUUGGAUUCAUAAUUCAGCUGCUCUGUGGAUUUUACAUUGCUCCUGGGAUUUGUCCUAUCACAUCUAUGAAUAAGAAUUGGAUUUUUACAUUUUUAAUAAGAAAUAAAUUGGAUUUAUAUUUUCCCGGAUAAAUAAAGGAGAUUAGUUUGGAGAAUUCAAAUUGAUAGUAUUUGUUUCAUGUGUGAAUUCUAGUUUGAAUUUGCAAUAACCUAAUUAUAGUGUUUUCUGGAAAUUUGGAUUUAUGUUUAUUUCUUCUGGAAAUAUUCAAUUCAUAAUUUAGAUUUAUUUUGUGAAUUGUUUUCUGUGGAUAUUAGAAUUAUUUUUUCUUCACAAAAAAAAAAAUAAUCGUGGAAAAUUCUUCGCCAUCAGGAGUUGAGGCACUAAUGUAAACAUGCCAGAUGGUACACCUGCUGUAGGCCUAGCCAGCCUACAGUGACAAGUUGGCUGGGUCAGGGCGACCUGGAGGGUUGGGACUCUGGUCAACAUGAAGGAGAGGGUCGACUCCAGCAAGAUGCUGAGGGAGCCUGGAAUCAACGGCCCUGCCCAGGACGCGGUGGCAGGGGGAGUAAGCAAGCUGGACAGCGCGGACGUCAAGGCGGAGGUGAAGGAGGAGGAUGGAAGGAAGUCGACGGACAUACGGCCACCAUCUAGAAAAAUACCUAACGGAGAUUCUGACAGUACACUGGCUGUGAAAUCCGAGGACAACAACAACAAGAGGAUUAAACUGGAGAAAAAGAAUGACAACAAUAGCAAGAAAGAAAAUGGCAAGGCUGGAUGCUUGGGGACAGACAGCCAAAAAUCUUCCCCACAACCAAGCACUCCCCAGCACCCAUCGUCAGGGGGAACAACCCCGGCAACUAUGAUGUCUGCUCAGCACGGCAUGGUGGCCUCCCUUGAGCCGCCAUUUAUGCAGCAACAGAGUGAAAUUUUUGUAUUCUCUACUAACAUGGCUAAUCAGGCAGCAGAGAGUGUUCAACAGGGCCAUUAUAAAUCUAUUCUACAGUUUCACAUGGACCACCCUGAGACAAAGGCUUUCUUGCAGAAGAAUCCAUUAAAGGCCAACUAUCGUCAAGGAAUGGCCCCAAACAUGAUGGGUGGGAUGAAAGGCCAGCCAGGGCAUGGGAUGAUGCGCAUGCAUGGCCCAAUGCCACCCAGCUGGGGCCCUCAGAUGCCCCCCGGCCCAGGAAUGGAAGAUCCCAACAUGAUGGGCCCAGGUGGAAUGAUGCCCAACGGACCUUACCAACCAGGCGGCCCUGGGCCGAGAAUGAUGGGCGGAUGGCCAGGCCAAGGGUGUGGUGGACCUCACCCGCAUAGCCACGGACAGAUGGGUCCUUGUGGAUAUAAACCUAGCAUGAUGGAUAUGGAAAAUGAGAUGAUGAUGGCUGGGCACCAUAAUCCGAACAUUUCAUCCAGUCAAGUACCGGAUGAGAACCUGACGCUAGAACAGAGGCAGCAUAGGGCUAAAGGCUUGUCACAGCUCACUAAAAUACACCAGAUGCUGAUGGGAGGCAACGGACAGCACGACGGCGGCCAGCCUCCCAUGGGGCCGGAUGGCCAUCCAGGUGGGCCGGGUAUGUACCCAGGCGGCCCCGGGAUGAUGUCACCACAACAGCAGGCCAUGAUGUCACAGCAGCAAGCUAUGAUGUCACAAGGGGGGAUGAUGCACCCCCACGGCAUGAUGUCUCCGCAACAUCAGCAUAUGAUGGCCCAGCAGGGAAUGUCACCGUACGGCCCACGGGGGCCACCAGGCAUGGGCCCUGGAAUGAAUGGAAAAGAACAGUACCAGGCACAGCAUGACUGGUUCCAGAUACAAAGAGAUUACUACAUGGAGAAACAGCACCGGAUCCACAUGGCCAACAGGGGCCCACCUCAUAUGGAGCCCGGGCCCCCUCCGUCUUACUACUCAUCCAUAUCCCAGAAACACGGGAGCAUGGGCCCGGCGUCACCCACCAUGAAUGGGAUGAGGAUGCCCAUGCCGCCACAUGGACCCCACGGUCCCAUGGGACCAGGGAUGGAUCCGGAUGGCAUGGGAAUGUAUGGCGGUCCACCGGAUAUGUGCCGGCCUCCGCAUAUGGGCAUGGAGCCCAUGCCUGGGAUGCAUGGAUACCCACCCCAUGGGAUGCCACCUCAGGGGCCGAUGGAUCCCGGGUUCGACCCGACAAUGGCGGGAGGAAUGCCACCUGUUAUGGGUCCUGGGUCUGGCGGCCCUCGCAGCCACGGGCCGAUGCGCCAGGGCCAUAUGAUGGGACCUAAUGGGAUGAUGCCAGGCAUGAAAGGUCCCAACCAAGUGACUUUACAUAGGGCAGGUAACCCUGAGCAGUUUAACCCUGAAACAAUGGGCGGGGUUGUCCCCCCUAUAACUCCAUCAGGCAACAACAACAGUAGCAAACCUCCCCCCAGCUAUGCACAGGCACAGAAACGAAAGAGGGGGGAUGACAUUGAUGAUUCCUACGCCAAAGGUAACUUACAGCAGACGCCAUCACCGACUAAAAUACAUUAUCACCUCAGCCAGUUUGAAGGCCAGGAAUUGACUAUCACAAAACAGCUUAACUCCGCAUUUGUAGCCGGGAACGGAGGCGACGAAUCUAACAGUAUAGGCCCUAUAGUGGGCAGCGGCCCAAACACCACCCCUGGCCUGUACAACAGCCACGCCAACUCCCCACUUCACGGGCCGGGCUCGAACAAGGGACCUCACUCCAACUCCAGCCAAACAUCUGUCCAUAUGGCCAACUCCCCAGCCGUUUCGACCGCUGGGCCAUCCCCACAUCAGCUUCCCCCUGGGCCGGCAACCCCGCACUCGUCCACCACCAACAACAACAACAACGCCGGAGCAAGCAUGAGACUUUCGCACUUUGACCCCACGCCACUCAGUAACGGGGUGAACAGCGCCCCGCACACGCCCAACCCUAAAUCAUCCUCCUCGAUGUCAAACAUCACCUCGGCAAGUUUAGCCAACCUGGCUAAAGGAGUUGAGAACUUAUCAAACCAGAUGCAGCAGAAUAUGAUGCAAGGUGGACCUUUCCACAGUAUCCAGGUCCAAGGCCAAAUGACCAGCAGUAGUGGUAAUACCAACAAUGCAAACAGCAACUCAAACAACAGCUCAUCCGCCGCCGCAGCUGCCACGACAUCAUCAUCCACAUUGUCAUCCCAUUCAGGAUCCGUCACAUCAUCCCAGGCCCCCAGCACCCCCAGCGUCAACAACACGUACAUCGCCACCAACAUGUCCAUCUCCCAGGUCAACGUGCCCAACCACCCUUCUAUGAAUAGCUACGUCAGCAUGCAGAUGCAGAGCAUGAGCACCGAGUCACCACACAUGAACAUGCCGCCCUGUAGCAUGCAGCAUGGGAUGGGACCUCAGAUGGGGGGCCCCGGAAUGAUGGGACCCGGAGGGCCCCGACCAGGGAUGUCUCACCAUUUGGCCCAGUCUCAGGGCAUGAUGACCUCCAUGGGGCCCAUGCCUGGCGUGCCCAGCCCCGGGAUGGGCCCUGGUCCUCUCAUGCCCUCGGGGCCCAUGCCCGCGAGUAUGAACCCUGUAGGCCCCAUGCCUCCACAUAGACCAAACUCAUCCUCCAGCAUGCCCCCCACCCCACCCACCAUGACCAAGAGCGGUCAGUUCACAAGCCCUCCCCUCUCACACGCUCAAAUGAGCAGUGGUUCAGGCUCCUCGAUGAGCGGCGUCACCUCCCCCUCGUUCCCCAUCACCUCCAGCUCCAACUCCAGCGUGCAGAUCCAGCAGAAGGGCCACAACACCAUCCAGUACCUGCCUGCCAACCCCCCCUCAUCCCAGCCCUCAUCAGCCAAACAAAGAUCCGACAUAGACUACAGCAUGCCACGCUACCCUUCACCUCUACACAACAUGGAUGGGAAAAACCCCCCAUCAACUUUACAGUACUUUCCUAAUUCUUCACCAACAGGCCACCGUCCACAGAUGUCGAGCGCCCUCUCAGCCGCUGCCGCCAUGGGCCCUGAGUUUGCAAACCAAGCUACAAUAGCCAUGCACCAGUCUGCGUCGAUGAUGCGCAGCUCCAGUAUACCUGAUCUUCAAGCCUUGCAAGGGAACGGCCCAAACAUGCCACCAUCUUCUAUGGGCAUGGGCCACGGUAUGGGAGGCUCAAUGGGAAUGGGGCCGAUGGAUAAUCCCGGACAUAUGGUUGGCCCGAUGGGUGGUGGGCCUAUGAUGGGAGGACCAGACUCCAUGAUGGGGAUGAGGCCGGGCCACUCGCCUGGGUCUAUGAGGCAGAUGCCGCCUGGGAUGGGGCCUGGGAGCUUGGAGUGUGUGUCUCCCAUACCAGGGAUGGGCGGCUAUAUGAAUAACGGACCUUCUAUAGAACAGGCUCAGGCGCAGGCCCAAGCUCACGCAGCCAUGAUGAUGCAGGGUAACAACCAGAUGCCGGUGUCCUCCCCGCACGGACCUAUGUCCUCAGGAGGACCUUCACCGCUAAUGGCACCUCAUGGACCUAUGCCGGGGUCCUCCAUGCAUGGCCCCAUGCCUCCUGGAGGCAUGCCGGGGUCCUCACCUCACCACAUGCAAGGACCUCCACAGAUGUCUUUACAAUCUCACGGCUCAAUGUCCGGCCCCUCGCCGCAUGGCCCUAUGGGAGGGCCGUCCCCACACGGGCCUAUGGGAGGGCCAUCUCCUCACGGCCCGAUGCCAGUCCCCUCACCUCAUAGCUCAAUGUCUGGCCCUAUGCCCCCCCACAUGGGACACAUGCAUGGACCAGGCAUGCCCCACGGUGCCAUGCCACGACAUCCGGGCAUGGCGGGGAUGAGGAUGCCCGGCCCAGGGAUGGGCGGGAUGCCCAUGGGACCUGGACAGUACAGUGGGAUGCAGUACCCAGGCUACCAGCAGGACUAUUACUCCUCAGGUCCCCCCAGGGGCCAUCCUCGUCAGAUGAUGGCCGGCAUGAUGGGCGGACCGGGCCAACCGUACGGCAUGAUGCCAGGGCCUAGCUGAGACCGACUUAGAUACUCGUUGUAGAUACUUGUUGUAAAUAGUUGCCGCAUCAUGUGAGAAACUACAGUCCCUAACCGACCGCCAUUGCAUUACUGACUCGACCGUCAUGCAUUACUUACUGCUCAUAUCAGUGUUAAAUAAUUUCAGUGACAAUUUUCAGUGUAAAUACAACACAUGACAUUUGGAUAAACUCAUUCAGUGAUGGAUCUGAUGGUUAUCAACAAACAUGACAACAUAUGGAUAUAUGUGAAUUGAUUUAUUUUUUAAAAAGACCAGUUUGGAGUGGAUUAUAUCAUACAUUUUUUUUUUAGCUUUUGGUCCCUAGUAUGUAUAAUUAGUUCAACUGGACAUCUUACUUUAAUCCUUUUACACAAUUUUUUUUUUGGUUUGAAGUGAACACCUAUAUAAGUUACUGUAACAUCUAUGGUUUAUCUCCCUUACUAGUUUAUAUACAGCAAUUUAUCUCCCUUGAUAGUUUGAUGUACACAAUGUAGCAGAGAAACUGAUUGAAUUCUUUGCUGUGACAAAUUUGUUGUUGAUAAUAUCAAUGUGUUGAAGUUAUGCAUUCAUAUCUUUCUAAACAAUGGUAAUUUUUUUGUAAGAUUGGUUGCUACAGUCCCAGCAGUUUUAUAAAAGUAGGAAGGAUUAUGACUUUUUUGUGAAACAAAAGAUUUUUAAAAUUUAAGAGUCUGAGAAUUGUAUAAAUAUUUCUAAACCCCUUUUGAAUGGCAAUACCUUAACUGUUUAAUUUUUUUUGGAGCUUAAUUUAUAUGCUUAAAUUUUAUUUUGUGAAAAUAUUUGACAUCGUUGAUGUAAAAAGAGUGAACAUAUCCACUUAAACUCUCUAACUAGCACACCAUAUCUACACCCAUUUUGUUGGCAUCUGUAAAAUGCUGCAGGCUAAUUAAUGAAACAAUGAAAAGAUCUCUUUGUAAUACUACAGGGUAUAGCUGUCAUCUGUAAUACUUGUAUAAUAUCAGUAUCUUUUUGGGUAAUUCACACUCUUCUUUAAAAAAGAAAUGUUGUACCUAAAUAAAGCAGUUAUUCUGCUUUUUUUUUUUUCAAUUUUCAAAUUUUUUUUUCAAUCAAGUUGAUUGUUUUGAUUUUUACCUAUAAUAGUCAUUAUGAAAAUUAUUUUAGUAGAACAGGUUUUUAAAAAAAAAAUUUUUUUUUGCAUUGUAAAUUAUUAUUACAGACAGCUGUAUAUUACAAUUUUUUUUUUUCUUCUGUCUAUCAGGUGAUGUUUCAUGUUAGUCCUUAAACUUGUGCCUUACAGUGAUGAUUAAUUGGAGGCUAUUGCGUGUUGUGUGGUUGCUGCAGCUUUGAAUCUAUUUGUUUUCUUCUCUAUGUCCUAUCUCACCUCAAGUGAUCUCAUUUGCCACCUCAGUUUUCUUAUUCAAUUUUUUUUUUUAUUUUACAGUAAAAAAUUUUGUGUACUUUUUUUUUUUUAAUUAUUCCUAAACCUGCUGAAUAUGUUUCUAAAAUGUACACAUGACCUUUCUAGUUUAAAUUUUUUUUUUUUAAAUUAUUAGGCUUUGAUUAAUAAUGUUGUGUUCAGGGGAAGUAAGCCUCUUUGAUCUUUAACUCUUUGCUUUAAUCUUUGGUAAUGGAGCCAAUGAAAAAUGUGUACAGACAAAUCACAUUGAGAUCUCAGUUUACACAUCUAACAGCCUGAAUUGUAUUUCACACAUGAAUGGGUCUAGUUUUAUUCAGCUGUACAUAAUGUCCUCACAAUAACUUUUUUUUUGUAACACCAUGGUUUUUUAAAAAUGUCGAAACUUCUUCAGCUAAACCUAUCUGUUGAUAUAAUUUUUAACAGCUUUUGCAAAAAAAAUUUGAAUUGCAAGAUUUUUUUUUAAACGAAAUCAGUAAAGUGAAAAAAAAAUUUUGGUAUAAUUUUAAUUAAAAUUUUUAUUGCUUUUCAAAUCUCUACAAUAAAGUUUAUUUUAAAUAAAAUAAUGAACAUCUUGUAUCAACCUAUGCAAUUGAAUACACACUCCACUGAUCUCAAGCCAACAUUUAAAUGAUGUUAUCUUUACAUAAGUUCAAGCUUCGUUAAAAAAUCUUUGCCAAAAUAAUCAACCUGAAUGUUAAAUUUGUUCUCAUUUUAAACAAUUUAAAAUUUAUGGGUAUUUAGAAAUUAAAAUGAUGUUAAUUACAUCCGUUGGGAAAAGAGUAAAAGAAAUAAAUUUAAUCUUUACAGAAGGCCUCAUAAUACUGUAAUACUACAUUUUUAAUAUGGUUUUUAUCUUGUUAUGCAAAAUACGAGAAUUACAAUUAUUAGUAGGUUCUUUGCUAGACAUUUUCAGACAUUAGUAAAUUUUAGUCCACAUUUGGUCUAAUGCUUGUAAUCAGCAUAUCAAAAGUCAAUAGAAAAAAAAAAGAAUUUAUUGUUAGAUUAGAAACCGAUUUUUAAAAAUCAGUAAUUUCAUUUUAAUGGUUUUUUUUAAUACAAUUUAAAAUAAAAUGGCGCCAUUGAAAAUUAUUUUAAAAAAGUUUAACAGUUAGCUUUUUACAGAUGAUUGUCAAGUUGAUUACAACGUUAAUCCUAAUCUCAUCAUAUACUAGUUUAUUUUAGGAGCCUGUAUAUUUGUGCGCAAGAAAAUUUAUUAAACAUGUUCAAUGGACAAUGAAAGAGCUGUACAUAAUGUAACAACAGGUAACAGAAAUCUCAGCAACGAUGUGCACCAGUUCGAUUCAUGCAUGUUUAAGUUUUAUUCAGCUAAAAUUAUUUUCAUGGCUUUCUUUUACCUAUAAUAACAUAUCAAAUGGAUUUUCUUUUCUUCCAUGCAAUGUUUGAAAAAAAUAAAGCUAAUCUGUUUUUUUUUAUUUUCUUGAACAGAAAUGUAUAUUGAUACUUAACUAUUCACUUGUUGGUUUAAACUCAUCGAGCUAAAUAUCAGUUGUUGCCCUUAUCAAGUGAAACAUGAGUUAACGCCCUUUAUGAUAAGUGGCUUGUUUGUUGUGACUGUCAGACUGUUUGUUACCCAUUAUUGUGAUACAUAACAACUUAAAAGUGAGAGCUUCAGUAAUGGUAAAAAUGUUUUUUAACUGCUGGUGCUGCUUGCUACAGUGAAAGUUUGUGUAGGGGGGAUCCACUCCCAUGCAGUAGUUUUGUUAUUUUCUUUGUUUAAUGCUGCUGUUGUUUGGCUUUAAGAAUAAGAACUUAAAACCGUAAUUCUCACGUAAUCUAUCAAAGCUAAAUCAUAUUUCUAGUAAGUUCAUUCUUGAUAAUUUAAUCAUUACUUUUUAAACUAGGUCUUUGUAUUAAACCACUUUUCAAUUUUAAAAGUUAUAAAACUCUUGACAGGGUCAUUUACAUAAAUUUGACAAACCACAAUUAUUUUUUUUUU